GCAUAACAUGAGGUUGCAAAUUCCCAACCCUCUGACAUGACAUGUCGCACGAGGUGUCUACUGCUGAUGAAUUUGAAUUCGUAAGAUCUGCCAGCUUGUUGCAAAAACCGUGGCUGUCAACUCGACCCAGGACUGGAGAAGCGUCAGGCCUCUUGAAUUCGAGAAUCCAUGAUUUGCGCUCAUCGCCUCAUCGACCAACCGCUCACUAAAAUAGACGGAUUCGAGGCCACAAAGGCACCUCAAGCCUAUCAAGAUGUCAAGCCCAGCGCUGAUCUCUUCGUCCUCGGCAUGGGGCUGGGUUAUACGAUUAACUCUAUCAGCAUGGUCCACGUCUCCUUCCGAGACCAGACUCUCAUCGAACAGGCCGCGGCCCAGGUCAGUCUGGGAAUUAACUUUGCAAUCAUCUACGCUGCUAUCAAGCAUGCUCUCAAAGAACGGCACCACAGGCCUCUUGUCUAG